AUCACGUGAUUUCUGAUUUGUAUUUUGAAGUUUGAACCUUUAAAAUGGCUCAAUUAGCAGUCUUUGAUGGUGGAAGGAUUUUGAACAUUAACGAUCUCAAUGAAUUGAUUCGAUUACUUGAGAGGUAUCACUUCAACAAGACAUUAUAUGAUAGACUUGGUCUUCGUCUUAAAUUGUUUUAUAAUACACUAGAGAAGAUAAAGAAAGACCAUGGAAAAAUAGAUGAUUGUUUUAUCGAGUGUUUGGCUAGCUGGUUGCGUAAAGCUGAUGGUGUGGAGACUCCAACAAUAGAUACACUGAUAGCUGCUCUUAGAGAAAUAGGAGAGAAUGCUGUAGCUGAUGGUAUUGAUGGAGAAAUGCAAGGAAGUGAAAGCUCAGAUAGCUAUAGACCAGGAGGAGCCUUAUCUCCAACAUUGCAUACCAGUGAAGAUCUUAAGAGCACUGAACAUCAUUUCAAUCCAGGUGCAGCCAAUGAAGUCAAAAUAGGUGCUAUUACCUAUUUUCGUAAUGAAAAACUAGGAGAUGGUGCCUCAGGAACUACUGUAUAUAAGGGUCAAUUUAGUGGAAAAGAUGUUGCUGUCAAAGUUGGAAAAAAGACUGCAAUAAGGGAUUUGGAAAAAAAAAUAUUGGAACGUUGUAGGCAUGAAAACAUAGUGGAAUACUAUCAUUUUGACAGUGAUAUAGAAUACAAUUAUCUUGCUUUUCAACUUUGUGAUAUUAGCUUAGAAAAUUUUAUUAAAAAUGAGGAAAAAAGAGAAGCCAUUUUGAGGGAUUUUGUUGUCAGCAAAAAGGAAAUUCUUCAUGGUGCAAUAAGAGGAUUGAACCAUUUGCAUAAUGAACAUAAUAUUGUCCAUAGAGAUGUAAAACCGAGCAAUAUUCUUAUAGUCCAAAGAAAUUCAGGUUCAAUGCAAAUUAAAGCCGUUAUUUCAGAUUUUGGCAUAGCUACUGAGUUGGAACCUGAUCGAUACUCUCAAACAACUAUUGGCCUGAAAGGAACAUUGAUGUGGCUAGCUCCUGAGUUGGUAAACAAGACAGUAAAGAAAUUUAGUAAAGCUGUCGAUAUAUUUUCAAUGGGAUGUGUUAUGUACUAUGUUCUUUCUGAUGGUCAUCAUCCUUUUGGAAAUGACAUUGUUGCUAUAAUUCAGAACUUUGGUACGCACUCAUAUACACUUGAUGAUAUAAGUGAUGAAGUGAAAGAUAGGGAGACAGCUAAGCACCUUAUAAAGCAAAUGAUUCAUAAAGAUAAAGAUUUGAGAAUAUCCGUGGAAGAAGUGCUGAAUCACUGUUAUUUUUGGUCCAAUGAGAGACAAUUGGAUUUUUUAGAGGCUGCAAGUGACAUUCUUGAAUUCAUGCCUAGCACUAAAGACCAUAUGAUUGAACAUGGUGCAGCUGAUGUUAUUGGAACAAACUGGAUGAACCAGAUUGAUGCAACAGAUAUUCCAGGAAAUUAUGAUCCAACAUUAGUUAAAGACCUUCUCAGAGCUAUUAAAGCCAAGAAACAUUCAGCUGGUAUUGUAUCAGUAUCGUCAGUCACUCACCGUUUUCCAAUGCUUCUCAUGCAUGUCUACAAUCAAAUGAAAUAUUAUGACAAAACUUUAUCAUACUAUUAUCAAAGUGAUGCAGGAGAUAUGAGAAAUUUGCAAAAUCUACAAAAUUUGACGCUAAUUCAGCAACUUGAAUGUUCAAAGCAGGAACUGGCAGCGGAAAAAGAAAAAUAUCAUCGUUUAUUGCGAAGAAAGGAGAUAGAAGAAGCAGAGAAGGAGCAAGAAGUGCAACGAUAUCGUGACCAAUUGAAUGAGAAAUACAGAGAAAUAGCCGAAAAGGACCAAGAAAUACGACAUUAUAGUCACCAAUUACAAGAAAAAGAAGCCCAGAGAGAGCAAGAGAAGCAAGAAUAUGAUCAUCAAAUACAAAAAUAUUCUCGUCAAAUGCAACAAAAAGAUGAAGAAAAUGUAGCAAAAGAGCAAAAGCUAAGAGAUUAUGAAUCUCAGUUCAAAAUUAUGAAGACAAAGAUAGAAGACAUGGACAAAGAGCUACUUCAGUCACAAGAGCUAUUUAGUAUGCAGCAGCAAGAGGAUGAACACUGGGUUAUUAAUGAAGAUGAGGUGACUUUGACAACAGAUGAAGAGUUAGGAAGAGGAUCUUAUGCUAUUGUUAAAGUUGGUAUCUUUAGAGGUAUAAGAGUAGCCGUCAAGUCACUUCACUAUCUUAUUAUUUCAAGUUAUAAUCGACGUCACUUUUCCAGGGAAAUGAGCAUAGCAUCACGAGUACGUCAUCCUAACCUGGUCCAGUUUAUUGGUGCAACUAUAGUGGGUAACCCUCUCAUCUUGACCGAGCUGAUGAGCACUAGUCUUUAUAAAAUGCUUCAGGAGAAAGAGUUAACAAAACAACAGAUUCUCAGUAUUGCUCAAGAUGUAGCUUUGGGCCUCAACUACCUUCACCUGUUUCAACCUCAGCCUAUUAUUCACAGAGAUGUCAGCAGUGCUAACAUAUUAUUGAAGCCUUGCACUGGACCUGGUGGUUAUGAAGCUAAAAUAACAGACUAUGGUACAGCUAAAUUGCAACAAAGCACUAGUACUGGUACUGUUAUGCCAGGCAAUCCAGCAUAUGCUGCACCAGAAGCUCGUGAUCCUGAACAACACAGCCCAGCAAUGGAUGUCUACAGUUACUCUGUUCUCCUUAUGGAAAUGAAUUUACACUCUUCACCAGCAUAUACGAUUGCAGAGAGAGCACGAGAAUCUGGUAGUGUCUCUUGGUCUGAUAUGAAGUCUCUCAUACAAAGAGGACUUACUGCUGAUCCUAGAGCUCGUCCUACUAUGGCUCAAGUAAUAGAGGCAUUGAAAGGGAUGAAGAUCUGAUUAUUGUUGUAGUUUGUUAUUCUAUUGCUGCUUUUUAAAUUGUGUGACUUUAUCUUUAAAAUUAGUUUUUCUUCUGACUUACAGUCAGUAUUAAUGUUUCAGAUUGGAUUUUCU